AUGGAAUCCUUCAAGCUUAGCUUGCUCUUCUUUGUGCUUCUUCAUGCCUUUCUCUUGCUUCCCAAUUCGGUUCUCAGUAAUGACGAUGAGGACAAUCUCCUUCAAGGCCUCAACAGCUACAGGCAAUCACAAAGGCUACCACCUUUGGUCAAAAAUGGGAAAGCAGAAUGCCUUGCUGAUGAGAUUGCCGAUGAAAUGGAGGACCAGCCUUGCACGACUUUCGCCGCCGGCGCAAACAUAGCGCCCUCCACACAAACCCAGCUCACCAACUACCCCAAGCUCUUGAAAAAGUGCAAAAUUGACGCCAACACCACAUCAGACGGUGUGAUUCUCCCAGUUUGUGUGUCUAAUUUGGUCCCAACUCUUCUCCUGACCAACUACACACAUACUUCAUAUGCAAAGUAUUUGAACAAUACCAAGUACACAGGGGCUGGCCUUGGCUCUGAGGAUGAUUGGAUGGUGGUUGUUCUGAGCACUAGCACACCAACUGGAAGCUUUUCUGGUUCUCUUUCUUUGGUUUCCAUGAUGGGUUUUGGUCAUUACUUGGUUUGGGGAUUGUGGUCACUUAUUGAUCAAGUGAAGCCCAAUUUUUCUUUGAUUUCUGACUUGUACUACUUUAAGAGCUUUGAUCCCAUGAGCGAUCCCUUUGAUGACUGGGAGUGCAAAUUUGACGGAAUUCUUAGUGAUGGCUAUGACGAGGACAUUGGUAGUGACGAUGACGAAGUUACAGAAUCAAAAAUUAAAGAUUUCUUUGAUGACAAGGCUCUAGAGUUGAGGAAACUGCAAACACCCUUGUAUGACGAGUUCUACAACAGCUUGAACGCAGCUAUUCCAAGUCUUAACUUUUCUGAGAGACAGAGAAAGUGGAAAGAAGAACUCGAUCAAGAGCUUGAGAAAAAGCGAGAGAUGAUGCACCAAGGCCAAGCAAGUGUGGGAGUGAAAACAUCAUCACCUAAAGAUGAAGCCUUCAUAGGCAGAAAGCGAAUAUGCAAGUAG